UGGAUUGGUGUGAUACUUCUGAUAAAAUGCCUUAUGCUGUUAAAUCCAUUUUACGAAGACCAUUACUAUUACUCACGUUCAGAACAAAUAGUACACGAUUUUAUCAAAUUCAUUUUUUUGUUUUUAAUAUCUGUGUUCCUUAACGUCAAUUAUUACCUGAAGGAAUCAACAUACGACCAUAAAGUCCAUAAAAUAUAUCAGUGGCUAGCGGUCAAUACGAUAUUUCUGUCGUAUUUCAUACUGGCUAUUACUUAUAUCACGAUCAACUAUAACUAUCCUGCCAUACUUUAUUAUUUAGUACCUAUAUGCAUCAUCCACCUGUGCCAGAUCUAUGUGGUGAAAAGUUUUUACGACGACGAACUUCUCGCAGCGAGGAGGUUGUUGCCCCCGUUAUCAUCGGCUGUCGCAGGCCAAAGCCAGGAGGCUGUCGUAAAUCAAAACUUGUCCCAAAAUUCCGUGAAUGUUACACUCAGGCCACCUGCAACAAACUCGGUUUACCCAGUCCAGAGCGCACCACCACUACAGGAAGCCGGAUUACAACACAGAAGCAAUGGUGCAGCGUUUCCGGUUCCAUUGGCGUCCCAUGUUUAUCCCCAACUGCACCAUAAUCACCCCCGACACAAUGACACCGAACCGCACUUUCAGACUUCGGUGUCAUAUCAGCCUGGACUCUCUUCUGUAGAGGUACAGCACCCUCAAGAAUAUAAUAACCCUCCAGCGUAUUCAUCACCUUACGAACAACAAGCAGAAAUUCACUCCGUGAGACAGAUUUAAAUGGUCUAUACAUAAUAUAUGUAUCAUGUAUGAAAUAUUAUGUCUUACGUAUUCGAUGAUGAAUACUUUUCCAAUAUCACAUAAUAUUAUACUACGAGAUCGUGUAAUAUCAUAUUAUUAUGUGUAAUGUGUUCUUUUGAAAAUACUAAUCAUUUGAGACUGUACCGUUUA